CAGGGAGUUAGUGUGUGCAGAUCUGUGUGAGGAGAAGGUAUCUCAUUCCCUUCCAACAUCAUCGCCACUUUGCAACUGUCUCUCCUGGUCUGAUUUUCUCACCAAUUCAGCAACAGAGCUGGAGCCAGCAAGGUUAACAGCACAGGACUUAAUCAAGUUUAUGCAUACAGCAGGUUAUGAAGACAGCAUGGAUUUUCCAGACCACAGCAGACAUUUGCUACAGUGUCUGAGUGAGCAGAGACAUCAGGGUUUUCUUUGUGAUUCCAUUGUGCUGGUCGGCGAUGCCCAGUUCCGAGCCCACCGUGCUGUGCUGGCUUCGUGCAGCAUGUACUUCCACCUCUUUUACAAGGACCAGCCGGACAAAAGGGACAUUGUUCAUCUCAACAGUGACAUUGUUACAGCCCCGGCUUUCGCUCUCCUGCUUGAAUUCAUGUACGAGGGGAAGAUCCAGUUCAAAGCCCUCCCCAUUGAGGAUGUGCUGGCUGCCGCCAGCUACCUCCACAUGUAUGAUAUAGUCAAGGUCUGCAAGAAGAAACUGAAAGAGAAAGCCACGGCUGAUGCAGACAGCACUAAGAGGGAAGAAGACGCCUCCAGCUGCUCCGACAAAGUGGAGAGCUACUCGGAGGGCAGCAGCUUGAACCCAGCAGGCGAGCUCCUACCCAGCGAUGCAGAGGAUGAUGACUCUGAAAGCAACAAGAGAGACUUUCUCCCUGAGCAUGGGAACAUGUGGAUGAGGUUGCCCUCUGACUCUGUGGGUACCCCUCACACUGGUGGCAGCAGCAGCAGGGAGGCAGAGAUGCACACAGCAGCAGCUGGAAAAACUGAAACAGCCUCCAGUCCCUGCAGCUCGACUGGGUCUUUGUCUCAAAGGUCUGUCACCUCCAGGAGGGUGUCGGCAGAUGCAGACUGUGUACUGGACUUGUCCGUCAAGUCAAGCCUGGCAGGGGGUGGUGGAGAGAGUCUCUCUGGAAACAGCCCUUACUUGUGUAGCCCAGUGGCAGUGGCCCCAGACAGUUUGCAGAACAGCCUGGUGCAGGUAAAGGUGGAGAAAGAAGUGGCUUCUGACGAGGAGGACUUGGGCAAUGGUGAUUACGAGAUGGAACACAGUGGUGGGGCAGCCACUAGGAAGGCACUCCCAAGCACCAACGGCGGGGGCCACCAUCACCACCUCAACCACAACCACCACCAUAGCCGGCUCCAUUACGAGACCACCACGUCUCACCUUUCUGCCAUCCGUGAAGCUUCCCUGUCCAGUGAGCUGGACCGUGAGGACAAGGCAAGCGAGGAUGACGAAAUGCUAAGCCCAGAAAGUGAGCGGGCCCAAACAGAGGCCACCAGCAUAGACAGCGGCCUGCUGCCCUACAUCUCCAACAUGCUGAGCACACCCCACAGUCAGAUCUUUAUGUGUCCCCUGUGCAACAAGGUCUUCCCCAGCCCACACAUCCUGCAGAUCCACCUCAGCACACACUUCCGUGAGCAGGAGGGUGUGCGCACCAAACCGGCCAGCGAUGUCAACGUGCCGACCUGCUCCAUCUGUGGCAAGACUUUCUCAUGCAUGUACACCCUCAAGCGGCACGAACGGACCCACUCGGGUGAAAAGCCCUAUACCUGUGCCCAGUGUGGUAAAAGCUUCCAGUACUCUCACAACCUGAGCCGGCACGCAGUGGUGCACACCCGUGAAAAGCCACAUGCGUGCAAGUGGUGUGAGCGCAGGUUCACGCAGUCGGGAGACCUGUACCGACAUAUCCGCAAGUUUCACUGCGAGCUGGUGAACUCACUUUCGGUUAAAAGUGAAGCACUAAACUUGCCCGCUGUCAGGGACUGGGCUAUAGAAGAUAGCUCUCAAGAACUCUGGAAAUAAACUAUAUGAAUUAUUUACAUAAAAAGACAUACAUUAUAAAUAAAUUGGGCAGAGGUAUGUUGGAAGGGGGUGUGAGAGAGAACAUGGUCAUGAAUCAGUGAUGUUUCUUGUACUUCAGUUGCAUUUCAACCUUUUACUGCUACACUGCACUUUAGUAGCAAAUGAAAAUGUUACUAUUUAAGCUAAAACAUUUUUUAAAAAAGUCCUGAUUGAAAGGAAGCAUAUUCAUUUUUUUAUUUACGUUUUUCUUUUGUGAAAAUCGAACCCCCUCAUGUACAUUUUGUGUGAGACAUGUAGCCCCCUACAUGUACAUGGUAUGACAUAUUGAACAAGAAAAAUUACACUAAAUAGGUACUGUCAACCAUUUUUUAUAGUGCUCUACUGUAGUUUAAAAUUAAAUGAUAAAAUGCAUUGAAUGCUACAAUAUCUAUCAUGCAAAGCCCUUGAGGGAAGCAUGGGGGGGGGGGUGAUAUACAGAUACCUACCUUGUUUUCUUGUGCUACUGCAAAACAUGACUGAUGAUGGACAAAAGGUAACCUAUUUAAUGUAUGUUAUCCCUUUUCAAAUGAGCUGUAGGUUUCUCACAAAUGGGAAGCUUAGCACAGAUUUUUAAAGUUUAUCAUCAAUCAAUAACAAAGUAAACUUCAGUCCUCUGUGUAGAUUUCUACGGGUUGCCAAGAGUUUUCUAUUUAAGAAUGGAUGCUGUAGUCCUACUCUACUCCAAACCCUGUAUAUUAAAAUGUGAAUUGCUGUUCUUGUCUACUGUAAGUGAUCAAAUACUUGACAGGUUGAGCUAAUGCUUUUAGUUCAACCUGUUCAAAAUUUAAAUAUUACAACUACAGAAAAUGCAUGAGUUUCAAUAUUUAUUUUUGUUUAUAUACUUUUGUGUUUUUGUUUG